CCUCCAGCCAAACGUCCAUCGCACCCAGUCGGCCAUCUACCCAGAAACCGCCAAAAAAAAUGCUCUCGGAAAAGCUGCUCGUCGCCACGACGCGAACAGUCGGGGACGGUGUUGACACCCCCUCCAUCGCCUACUACAACCUCCACACCGGCGCCGCAAUCAGCACAAUAAAGCGCUCGCAAUCCUCCGCGCGCGGUGUGACAGCGACGAGCACACAUAUCUUCGCCCAGCAAAAUGACAAGGCGGUGGUCAACGUCUACUCGUCCAGCACCGGUACGCUCCAGAGCGCAAUUCCGUUUCCGGGGCCGAUCACGAUCCUCUCGGCUUCGCCAUGCGGGAUGUUUCUGGCUGCCGGCAAUGCCGGCGGCAGGGUCUACGUGUGGGAGCUCGCGACCGCAAGGGUGGUGGCGCCGCCGACGGUGCAUUUGCAGAAGAUUUCGGCGCUGGCGUGGGGGAGGGGUGGUCACCUUGUUGUGGGCUCGGAGGACGCGACGGUUUCUGUGUGGAGUCUACCUGUGUUGUUGAACACCCUCAGUGAUGCGCCGAGACCACCGGAGAGGGUGUUGAAUAGGCAUAUUCACGCGGUGACCGCGGUCGCGGUGGGAGGUGCGACCAGUGGUGGGCCGUCGGAGCUGCUGGUUACCGCCGGGAGGGAUAGAACGAUUAUCACAUGGGAGCUCCACACUGGACAGCAUCUGCGCACGUAUAUGGUUUCUGGCAUCCCGCUGUGUGUGACGCUGGAUCCUGCCGAGCGAGCGAUGUAUGUCGGGUUCGAAGAGGGCGGGAUCCAGUGCGUUGAGUUCCACAGUGCAACAGCGGGUAGUGGGAAGGAGAUGACUAUCGAGGAGUACGCGGAUGUGCCGGUUACUGUCGUGAGCGAGGUUUGGGGAACUGACGACAGCGCUGACGGGCGGUCAGUGCUGAGUUUGGCGGUGAACUAUGAGGGCAAUAUGGUGGUGAGCGGGAACCAGAGGGGCGAGGUGGGAGUGUGGGAUGUUUCCACGGGAUGCUUGUUGAAGAACUUGUGUCAGAUGAAAGCUCCUGUAACCUCUCUCCAAAUGACACGUCCCAAAGGCUUCCUCAUCACGUCUGACAGCGACACCACCUCGAUGACCGUGGUCCCCACACCUAGAUACGAGGUCAUCCUCGCCGCCACCGCUCCCUCCAACUACGACCAACGAACAUACUCCGUUUCCGUAACACUACCUUCCUACGUCCCAGAGACCUCCACAUCCUCACUAUCAACAUCCACACCUUUCGGUUUCCGCCCAAAAACAAGCACGUUUGGACCCGACAGCGACAUGGAACAGAUUCUCCACGGUGCGCGGGAGAUGAAAGCGCUCAAGCCGGCACUAGCGGGGGACGAUAAGAUUGCUGCACUUGAGAGCGAGCUGGCUGGAUUGUAUGAGAGCUAUGAAAGGCUGGCGGAAGUACAUCGAAAGACGUGGAAUGGGAUGGUCGGUAUGGUGCUGAAGGAUGAAAAAUAAAAGGUAUUUGGGUUGGGUAUUCUUUGUUUCCAUAGGGCGCACAGUAGGAUAUCAUUGCAUGUAAUGGCCUGUCAAAAUGGCGACUCUUAGUUUACUAUCCAAAAGUUUGGCCUCACGUCGGGACUCGCGGCAAAUCUAGAGCCUUGUCCUUAUCGCUCUCAUCCAAGGGCAGGC